CUUCUCGAAGGUCGGGGCGUCAUUGCUUUGUUUACAUCCCUGCCAUGCUACACUUCCCGUGCUUACGCUUCGGUCGGUCCUCACUCUAGUCGCUCGACUUAUGGGGAAAUCUGAUAGAAAAAUUAAGUCUGAUGCUAUCAACGCCUUGAGAAAAAAAUAUGAAGCUUUCCUCGAACAGGACAGGAAGCGGAAAGAAAGAAAUGAGUACAUCUUGGGUAUAUUGGACAAAAUGCGCUCCUGUAAAGCCGUGGUGCCGCAUAAGUUCAAUCCGCCCGGGGAUUGUCCAGUAUCAACAAAGAACCUCGUUCCAACACAAGAUACACUCUCAAGUCAAGGUGCCAUUUACCCGCGCCGACCCCACGACCCCGCCAUGAACACAACUUCCAGAAUUACAGCCGAAAAUAGUAUUAUAGCUGAAUUACUCAAUAAAUACAUACUUAUCCCUAAACGACAUUGCAAGUAUGAAGAGAGUCCUUUUUAUGAUGUUAAGGCUGUCGAACUACAGACUAAUAUCCAGGACAAUACAGACUGGAAAAGUAAAUACGAAAUUUUAAAUCAGUUAAAACAAAACGAAAAGGAAGAAUUAGAACCACAAAAAGAUAUUCCUAGUGUUCAAUCUGACAUAAACGCUAUUUCAGAAGAACUAAACACAAAAGCUCAUAUAAAUAUACCCACGAGGGCACACACGCAGCCGCCUAUUGAAUAUGGACAAGAUCUGCCCGAAAAAGACACCUCUGGUUCACGACAAGAAAUAAAAAAGAAAAAUGUCGUAGUGGCCCCCAGAAAAGUUCAACAAAGUGAACAGUUGAUCGGCAACAAACAGUUCUAUCACACAGAUACAGACUUAAGGUACUCCCAUGAUUUGCCUUUAGGCAAAGGAAGUGUAACUGAACUGAUACCAAAACACAGCGUUCCCGUAAAACCGCUUGAUGAACAAAACAUUGACGCUACAAAUGUAGAUUCAGGACAGCUAGAAUUUGAUCAACCAGUUACAGAACCUAACAAGACGACUACAUAUGAGAAAAAUGAUAAAGUGGAGUUUUUUGCCGCAAAUACUACGGACCCAACAGUAGUGCCACAAUCGCAAGUACUUGAACAUGUAACGCCAAGUGGUAAUUAUACUGACGACGUUGAGUAUCCAGUGGACGUAAUAAAUGUUGAACAAUUUACACCCAACAACGAUGUUAUAUUAAAAGACGGUGUCAACGUUAACCCCGAAGGCUAUGGAAUGGAUCAAAGUCACUUUAAGCAAUUUUCGGAGACUGUUGCAACUCCACAAGCCCGUACUGAACAACAAUAUAGUAACGAAACAGAACAACAACAAUAUAGUAACGAACAAGAACAACACCCAUAUGGCAUCGAACAACUACAAUAUAGCAACGAACAACAUCAAUAUAGCAAUGAACAACAAAUACAAUAUAGUACAGAACAACAACAAUAUGAAAAUCCAGAAGCCAGCAACAUAAAUCAGCAAAUUGAUGAAACAACAGUCCCAUUUGCAGAGCACGUUGAUGAUCCAAGUAAUCCCACAGUUGAUGAAUUUGAAGCUGAACAGACACAAUUCUAUCAGGAACCUGUGGAGGGAGAUGUGACCUAUGAUGAACAAGGAGCUAACAUGUACGAUACACAAAACAAGAACUAUCAACAAAAUGGUCAAUAUUAUUAUGAGGCACCGCACGAAGAAGCUCCCUCCGAAAUUAAUGAGCACGAAGAGACAAGUCAGGAAUACGAUCCGGCGUAUGCACAACAAUAUUUGAAUAUGCAAGGAGGCGAAUAUGAACAACAGCAAGAAAUUGAGCAAUCUGACCAACAAUACACGCAGCAAGAAGGAUACGAACCGGCACCAGUGGCGUACGAUCAGCAAUAUCAGGAGCAGCCACAAGGUUAUGAACAAUACAAUCAAGAAUACUACGAUCAACAACAAUACCAGCAAGAAAAUUAUGAAGCUGUACAACAGAUUGAACAACAACUAAACAACGAAGAGAAUUACUCUGUUGUACAAAACGAAGUAACUGACAGUGAACAACAGGAGGUGGCGGAAGCCGUAAACCAAGACCAACCAGAGCAAGCGAUAACUAGCGAUGUAUCUACAAUAAGAGCAAAUUGAUAGUUCAGUUUGUUAGUUCACUGACGUGCACAGAUAUCUUGUUCCAGAUUGACCCUUUCUCUGUGGCGCAAUGAAAUCAAAAACUUCAUUAUACCAUGGGUGAACUAUCUCGUUCGGUAAAACGCUCUGUACAUACAGUGGGCAAAUUAUCUCGUCUGUGAAAGAUAUAACUAAUCAUCAUCAAAAUUAUGAUUCUUUACAUCUAUUACAGACAAUUCGAGCCUGCACUAAUGUCAAUAUGUUAUGGAAGGAUUAGUUAUUUCGCCCAUCGUGUGUAAGAAAUUUCGUCCACCACAGUAAGAGUUCAAAUCACAAUUAUUUGGCACAACACUAGUAAUUCUAAGAUGCAUACCUAUUUGCUGCUAUGUAAAUGAUUUCAUGACCACAAUUCAUUUAUUGUGUGAUUAUUUCAUUGCCAUUGUAAAUUUAACUGAUAUCAAUAAGUAAAAAAUAAUAAUUUAAAAUCCCCCACCCUAUAAAUAUAAUUCCCUAAAAGAAAUGAAAUAUCAAAUGAUAAAUAAAACCACAUUCAUAUCAGAAUUCAGACCAUCUAUUCUGGACCUACAAUGGAGAUACAGACACGCACACACACACACUCACAUACACACAGGAGACUUCUUCUUUAUGUUGCA